GGGAUGAUCGAUGAGGGGGUCUGGUGUAUGGUCAUGUUUGUUGCGGGGAGAUGGGCUUGUAAGUCCUUGAUUCCAACUUUCACAAUCAGACUCAUCAGCUCUUCUCUUUCUUAUGUCUUUCUUUGGAUUCGAAACAAGCAAUCUAGAACGAGAAAAGAAGAAAUUCUUGGAAGGAGGCCUCCGGGAAACCGAGGACCUUGCGGUCUACACCUGGGGUGAAGAGAGCUAUGACGGGCUAGGAGAUGCGCUCCUUGAGGGCGGUGAUGAGCUGAACGACGAGACCUUUGGCGGGACAGGUGCUGUCGGCAAAGACUUCGAUUUUACGACUCAGACUCUCCCUACGCCCAUCGGAGGCAAACUCGGCAGGUCAACUCCUACUGCAGAGCUUCUCAGAGAGUGGACACCUGUAAUUGAACGAACAGAACCUGAGCCAAAGUCCCGUGAUCGAGGCCUUUCUCCAGCUCCUAAAUCCCUUGAGUCAAUAUGGGACGACAAGUCACCAUUCUCCAUGCUUGCCCGUCCUGCAGAUCAUCAGCGCAUGACCUCCGGUUUGAAGCCUCCGUUCCCGACCUCGAGGUCCCCGGCGCUCAAUGCAUAUGCGGAGCAUCGGCCCCUCAGUCAACAGCAGCCCAUCUCCCACGGUAUCUCCCAAAUGGGCGUUCGCACUGUACAGGAGAUUGAGGCUGAAAUGCGGGCCGCCCAGCAGAAGCGCAAGCAGCAAGAAGAGAUGCUCCUGCAGGUUCAGAUGCAACAAGAAUUUCAGAGAGAGGAAGAACUUCGCAGGAAAGAAGACUUACGCAGGCAAGAACUUGAAAAGCAAGACCUUCAGAGGCUUCAACAGGAACACUUAUUUGCAGACCGCAUGCGAGCUUUGGCACAAGAACAGCAGCUUCGCUUGCAACAGCAAGCCCGAAUGUCCACUCCGCGAGUUCCCCAUCUCCCUCCUGUGCCAUCCCCUCGCUUCAAUCAGCAGCACCAGCACCAGCAGCAAAUUAUACUCCUCCAACAAGAGCAGGAGCGUCAGCAGCAAGAGCGAUUGAAAGAACUCCAAGAGCGCCUCCGUAUGGAGGAACUCGAACGGCAGCUUCGCGCGCAGCAAUUAUCACAGUUACAACAGCCGCAGAAUUUGCUCGGGCGUAGGCAGUCUCCUUACGCAGACGCACAACGUCGCACGCAUUCUCCUUACGCUGACGCACAGCGUCGCGCGCAUUCUCCUGCUAUCGAUUCUCAGUAUGCACUGCUUAAUCAGCAAAACGCCCAGUAUCUGCCCCAGAGCAUCCAGCUGCAACAGAGACUUUUGUCAGAGAUGGCACAAGUUGAAUUCUUGCGAGAUAUGCAGGGCAUCAGCCAGGCUGAGCAGGAAGCGUUGCGAGCUGAGGCCAUGCGUAAGAUCAUGGAAACUGAGCGGAUGGAGGAGAGGCGCCGUCGCAAGGCUGCCAAGAUCGCACACAUGUCUCGCUACAAUGAUCUGAUGACUCAAUCUGAUAAGGAUUUCAUUACUCGUAUCCAAGUUUCGCAGCUCGUUACACAGGAUCCCUACGCCGAAGACUUUUACGCUCAGGUUUAUGGUGCUGUUCUUCGCUCACGAAUGGGACUCCAGUCGCAGGAUGAGCGCGUGAUCAAGUUUGGCUCCAGUGGCGGUGUCGGUCUCGGACUAGCACAGAAGGGCAGUGGCAGAAGGCAGAGUGCGAUGCAAAAGAUGGAAGCGCAGGUCGAACGGAUCGUCAACAAUGCACGGCUUAGGGAGAAGGAAAAGGGAUUGCACUCUUUGCACAGCCUCCAGGGCGCUCUUGGUAAAACGUCUGGUCGUAGCUACAAGGCUGCGCCGCGACAGCUUCUGCAGGUUGAUGCCUCUUCAGCAACUCCUACCAUGUCUGGUACCCACCCUCACAUUUCAAAAGAAGAUGGAAAUGGUGCCGCGCAAGAGGCUGCCAAACUCGGUCGCGAGGCGCUCGGACAAGCUGCUGGAAGUGACGGCGUGGUACGCAAGGACCCACUCACCCAACGGCAAACACUUGUUGUGUUGGAAGGGCUCUAUGAUCUCGUCCUGAAUAUCGAGCAACUCAGACGGGAUCAGCCUAUAGAGGAAGACGAGGAGGAUGAGGAGGCUUUUGUUGCAUGGUCAACGACAUACAAUGAUCUUGUCGAGCAACUAUGGACGAAUUUGAAGGUCAUGGUGCCUCUUGAAACGAGCGAUCCCCAUCCGUUUGUCUCUCUACUUACUCCAGUCAAAGGAAAAAGGCUUCUGCCACGACUCAGCCGCCACAUUGCGCCGCCUAGGAUGCUCACCCUUCUUACGCUUUUGGUCGCCUGCUUCUCUCAGCUCGACGUUGUCAAGCAUGCCCCUCUUCUCGACACACUAGAGGAAACUCCGGAGCGUCAGGAUGUCGAGCGACAGACGCAAGCUUUCUUGGGAAGUGUUCUGCAGAGUAUCUUGCCUGUGGUUGCAAAGGCUGAACUGAGGCUCAUUACUGGGUUGCUUGGGUUACUCUUGGACCGUACCAACAUUGUCGUCUCUGCUCAGACUCGGCCUGGAAUCGCCAUGUUAACGUUGUUCUUGAGCCGAGUUGAGAUAGUCAAACAGGGCAUGAGCAGUGCACAAGAUUCCUCAGAAAUACCAACACCCGCGGAAGCUCAACAGUGGCAAACGAUGUUCGAUCAUCUAUUCCAGCUUUUGAUGCCCCAUUUCGUGCUCUUAUUUCCAUCGACUCGUCUUGUUGCCCAACCACUUCCCGUAGCGGCUCCCCUCCCACCUACAGAUAUACUUGACCAGCCCGUCUGGCAAUUCCUCGCCGCACUUGCACUCCACGCCUCAUCCGAUCAACAAUCUAUCCUCGUCACGAGUCUGCGCGAAAAAGUAUUGGACAUCGUGACAAGCGUCAGCAAGGGCUGGGUAGCAGAUGAGGAGGAGCGACAGACCAAGCUGGCUAACGUCAACCUCUUCCUCCAUGCGCUUGGGCUGGACAGUUCGCAGAUAUCAGUGUGAUUCUGGUUAUGGUUCCGGCAUUAUCAUGUAUCACUAUAUCAUUCCUCGCGUCGUUAAAAGGAUAAAAUUACUCAUGGCUUGUGGCUCGUGCAAGCUAAAUGGGCUGCUCGUUUGCUUAAUUACCUGAGAUUGAUUCGAUUUCACGUUAUGUUCUUGCCAUAGUUUAUGUUACUGAAACUGAAACGUUGCUUUGAGACUGCAUAGCUACAUCUAUCGUUUUUACAGGACAGUGAUCUGGAUAGACAACAACAAAAAUAUUGGUGCGAGUGGCCUCGCCAUCCUGUGAUAAAAU